AUGUGGAGUUUUGCAUCCAAUUGUAUCGCAGGAAGCAUUGGUUUGAAGAACGAAACUCCGAAGCCACCCCAGGAUGCAAUAGAUUACUCUGAUGAUGAAGCUUCUUCAACUGCUAGCGGGGAGGAAGGUUUGGAUUGCCCCAUAUGCUGCGAGUCCUUCAACAUUGUGGAGAAUGUUCCUUAUGUGUUAUGGUGUGGGCAUACACUUUGUAAAAACUGUAUCUUGGCACUACAAUGGGCCGUUGUGAAAUUUCCGACUUUGCCUCUCCAGCUUCCGCUCUUUAUCUCUUGUCCAUGGUGCAAUCUGUUAUCGCUCCGCCUAGUUUACAAGGGAAACCUCAAGUUCCCCAGGAAAAAUUUCUUUCUUCUCUGGAUGCUUGAAAGCAUGAAUGGUGAUCGGAUGAGGUCUCGCUCGGCCUUCUGUGGGGAUACACCGUCUGUUUGGUCUACCAGUGGGAGAGCAUUGCCAAACAAUGCAAGUCAAACCAGUGUUUGCAGAGGGCAUAACCCGGGACCAUCUGGAUCAAAUCACAGUGAUAGUAAUGUUAAUAGUUUCAUUGCAGCAGAGAGACUGCGUGCUUCAGUUCAGAAAUCCCUGCUCUUCUUCGUUCAUUUGACAGCUAAGUUCCCAUUGGUCAUCAUUUUCCUUCUAAUCACCUUAUACGCCAUCCCAGCCAGUGCUGCCAUCCUGGCCUUGUACAUACUCAUUACCCUUGUGUUUGCUCUUCCUUCGUUUAUGAUUCUCUAUUUUGCAUACCCAAGUUUGGAUUGGCUAGUUAGGGAAAUCAUCACUUGA